AUGUGCCAGCCUCCGGCCGAUGCCGCACAGGAGAACGAAGGACCAGACGACGUGGCCGAUGCCGACUUUGAGGGCAUGGUAGCGAAGGUUCGACAUCAUGGGCGCCUCGUGUUCGUGAAGCUCCGCAGCGAGACGGGUGAGGAAUCCGACCUGGUCUUCGACUGGAGGUUCUUCGACCACGAAGGAAGCCCGUGGCCCUUCCCAGCCUCCAAGGCAGAUGUCAAGGUCGGCGACCUCUUAAGCGGGCGCUCGGGACCUCCUUCAGGCCCCUCGGCUCCGCGUCGCGCCCGGCGGCUGCACGACAGGCAGCCUGGCACCGCGCCCAUGCAAAGUUCCGCACCGGCGCGGCGGAGUGGUGUGGUGGCCUCCGCAGGCUGCGCGCCCUGCCCACGUUGCGGGGCGAGCCAGCGAAGGUUCGAUCUGGCGCGGGGCCUCCGUGCCCACCUCCGGCAAGCCCACGCGGCCGACCUGGCGGAAGCCCUGGCGAAGGGAGAGGACGAGGGCACCUGGCUGGAGCGGGAGCUGACCGCUGCCGAAUCUGCGGGCGUCUUCGCCCGCCGGGGCGCCGGCGGCGCCCCUGGGCCCGCUGCCAACGCACACCGGCGGGGCUCUG